CCUCGAGAUACCAGCACCCAUCAUAGUAUUUCCAUUAAACAAAUGUCAACAGCACAGCAUAUACUUCGGCUGUUCCAUUGCCCAUGAUCCGCACCCCAGUUGCCAAGUCCGAUGCCCCACGGUGGACGAUAUGUGGGUCUCUUCACCGUCCGAUGGGGCCUACCCCAGAGCCGAUGUACGUUGCCCAGUUCCGACAUGGGCAAUAUACCUAUUUAAGAGGCGAUGCGCUGUAGGCAAUACAGGUAGAAAUAGAGGGAGUCUCGCCCUAUCACGGAACCUUGGCUUAUCAUAACCCUAAGUCCUUGAUUCGAAAAAUUCUGCAUUUGAAUCUCUGCUGCACGUACCUACACAAUGGCCCCGCAACGAAAGAACUUCCAUGUCGCCGUCAUCGGCGGUGGCAUUGCUGGUCUCACUCUCGCCAUCGCCCUCUACCACCGGAAUAUCCCUGUCACGAUCUACGAACAAGCCGAAGCCUUCGGUGAAGUGGGAGCGGGCGUUUCUUUCGGUCCGAAUGCCGUUCAGGCGAUGAAAGUCUGCCAUGAGGGCAUCUACAAAGCGUUCGAGACGGUGUGUACGCGGAACUUGUGGCCUUCAAAGGAAAAGGUCUGGUUCGAUUAUCUCGACGGGUAUAACACGGGGACGUCCACCACAGCGCAAAAUGCCGGCCGUCAGGAAAUCGCGUUCACUAUUUCCAACAGUCUAGGCCAAAGGGGGUCCCACCGUGCGCAUUUCCUCAACGAGUUGGUCAAAUUGGUUCCGAGUGAUAUUGCCCAUUUUAAAAAGCGACUGGAGGAUAUUUUCGAGCGUGAAACGGACGGAAAGCUUGUUAUGGCAUUCGCCGAUGGGUCGCAAGAUGAAGCUGAUGUGAUUCUUGGUUGCGAUGGUAUCAAAUCCCAGGUGCGACAGGUGAUUGUUGGGCGGGAUCACCCUUCGGCGAAGCCGUCGUAUACCCACAAGUAUGCGUAUCGCGGGCUGGUCCCGAUAGACCAGGCGAUCGAGGCGGUGGGUGAUGAAUUGGCUUCUAAUUCGUGUAUGCAUAUGGGCCCCGGUGGUCAUAUGCUGACCUUCCCCGUGAACCAAGGGAAAACUCUCAAUAUUGUCGCCUUUCACACUUCUCCGGAUGACUGGGUGGACUAUCCCAGAUUGACGAAAAGAGGAACACGAGAUGAGGCCCUCCGCGACUUUGCCGGGUAUGGGCCAAAUGUAACAAAUUUACUGAAAUUGGCAAACGCAGAACUCAGCGUGUGGGGUAUCUUUGACCUUGGAGAAAACCCGAUUCCUACCUUCUACAAAGGCCGAGUUGGAAUAUCCGGCGAUGCUGCGCAUGCGACAUCACCCCACCAUGGUGCUGGAGCUGGCUUCUGCAUCGAAGACAACGCCAUACUGGCUGCGUUGCUAGAGGAUGAACGGGUACAAACGCACAAGGACCUAGAAGCUGUCCUCGCCGUUUUUGAUAUUAGUCGACGCGAACGGUCCCAGUGGCUGGUUCAAAGCAGCCGGUUUAUUGGGGAUUGUUAUGAAUGGCGAGCCGAGGGAGUGGGGAAGGAUUUCACCAAGAUUGAAGCAGAAAUCAACCGCCGUAACGGCAUAAUUGCGAAUGUGGACAUCGGAAAGAUGUGUGCGGAUGCUAGGGAGCUUUUAGGGGAAGCAUUACCUGGUGUGACUCAGGCGUCCACAUAAGGCCAUUUUUGACUAUCGAGGCUAUCUGCUUAUACAACAUAGAUUUGUGUUUAACAAAAGCGAUUAUCGAGCUGCGAACCAUAUAUAAUGGUGAAUAUAGU